AGAAAGAAUCGACAGCGUCAGCAUGGAUGACUACACACCCACAGAUCAGGACCUAUUAAGAUGCAGAGUGUUGACAUCAGGGAUUUUUGAAACAAGAUUUCAAGUCGAUAAAGUAAAUUUCCACAUGUUUGAUGUAGGUGGCCAGAGAGAUGAGAGAAGAAAAUGGAUCCAAUGCUUUAAUGAUGUCACAGCUAUCAUCUUUGUUGUGGCUUGCAGCAGCUACAACAUGGUAAUAAGGGAAGACAAUAACACAAACAGACUACGGGAAUCCCUGGACCUUUUCAAAAGUAUCUGGAAUAAUAGGUGGUUACGGACCAUUUCUAUCAUUUUGUUCUUGAAUAAACAGGACAUGCUGGCUGAAAAAGUCUUGGCAGGGAAAUCAAAAAUCGAAGAUUACUUUCCUGAAUAUGCGCAUUAUACUGUACCUGAAGAUGCAACACCAGAUGCAGGAGAAGACCCCAAAGUCACAAGAGCCAAGUUCUUCAUCCGGGAUGAGUUUUUAAGGAUAAGCACGGCGAGUGGAGACGGCCGGCACUAUUGUUACCCACACUUCACGUGUGCAGUGGACACAGAAAAUAUCCGCAGAGUGUUCAACGACUGUCGAGACAUCAUUCAGAGGAUGCACCUCCGCCAGUACGAACUCUUGUGAGGGGGAUCACCGUGGAACCUGUGGUUUUAAAUUCUUUGCUCCUUACUCUUUCUCUUGAUACUACCCCACACAGGGUGGAGGAAUAUACUAUAGAAAUGUCAGUCUCUUCACUUUGUUUACUUUAAUUAUUUAGCCGUAAAGCUGAUUUGAAGCAAGUCUGGGUUGGUUUUCCUUCAUGCUUUUUGGGACAAUUUUUGUGCUUUAUUUUGACAUGCCACUUCUUCGUCAUUCCACUAAGCCCUUUGGCUACCUCUGUUCCCUUAGGUUUUGUUAUUCUGACUGCACGUGACCUGCUAAAUUUUUUCCAGCAGGUCAGCGUCAGCUGAAACUGGUAUGUCAGCUGGAUGACACUAAAGUCCUAGCUAUCCCUCUGUGUGGGUUUCCUUUUUAACAUGACAUUGAAGAGUACUUGAUGGGUGAAAAAAAAAAAAAGAUUAAUGCACUUUGUAUCAGGUUAUUAAAUACUGUUGAGGAAGUAGACACACAAUGUAGCAGCACCACAAUAUUUAUUACUCUGUCACAGUUUUUAGCAUUUCUGAGUUGCAGGUCAACUGAUAAAGUGACCUCCUCUUUUAAGCCGUUACUGGCACAGGAAGUAGAGUAGAAAAUGAGAGGAACAGUGAAGAAAAAGCAAUUUUUCUGGGGUUUUGGAGCUAAGUGUCUCUGCACACCUCAGGCGUUUGAAUUACAGCUACUUUUCAGCCUGUUGCAUCUAGGCAGAAAAUUUACCACCCUCACUUACGUUAUUUGUGCUGUCCACAAAUGAUCCUUUUAGUUCAGAUCAUUCUUGGACAACGGUCCUCUCCCUAUAUAUAUUUUUUUUUUGUUUUACUGCUGGUUUAUUAUAUUGUACAGACUGUAAAAUGUAAUAUUAUUUUGUACAACUUUAUUGAAGAAAAAUACUUGUAGAAGAUCUUUGUGCCUUGAUUAUGGCUGUACCUGUAAAAUGAGCUAAGAUGUAAGUAUGUUUUUGAUUGCGCUGUACAGCUUGAUGUCAACCUUACCUGCAGCAGUGACUGGAGGUAAGAACUUUAUCUGUAGAGUUUAGGGUUUUUUUUCUGGUUUAUAUAAAAAUGCUCUUUAGUAUAAAAAUUAUAAAUUAUGCAAAUUAACCACUUACCUUUCCAAGUAAGGUAUUACAGUCACCGGAUGUUGCAGCAAACAUGCCUUUCUCUUUUGAAGUCUCAGCUUUAAAACAUUGGAAUUCAUUCAAGUGUCCAAAUUGCAACCUGGUGUUGUUUUAAUGGGAACCAAGGUUUUUUUUUUUUUUCCUUUAUAUUUAGAAAAUAUGUUUGGUAAUUCUUUGGUCAUUCAUAGAACUUCACAAUUGCACAGACCGAUUGUGAAUGUGUAAAAGCACCAUUAUAUAGAGCUCUUCAAUCUUUGUACCAACAGCGGCUUUCAUUGUGCAAGUAAAUAGUGAGAAAGAAGAAAAAAAAGGUGUAUAAACCCUUGUGUCUGGCCUAAGAGAAUUACAAGAUGACAUUUUUAUUUCUCUUUUAAUAAAGAGACACAUUAGAAAAUUGUUUUAUUUUAAAUAUUGUAGAAUCAAAAUGUGUGAAUAUUUCUCAAACUUGAAUAAUUUAUGCAAAUGACAUUCUCAAAACAAGUUGUGGUACAGUACAAUAUAUAAAAAGCAAGAAUUGCUGUAGCAAUAAGGCAUGUCCUUUUUAGUAACUAUAACACUGCUUUAUAUUUUAUACAUAGGUGUUUUAUGUCUGUGACUAUAUACUUUUCCUGUGUCCAAGAUAACCUGUACAAAUGUCUAAAAUUACAGUUGCAAUAACAGAAACCUA